UAAAAUCACUUGUCUUUUGCCUUCUUAUUAUUAUUACUCUUCAACUCAUUUCAUAUUUUCAUUAAGCAGUCUGAGUUAGUUGUUCUACUUCUUGCUCUUUCUGGUUUUUGUUAUGUACUCUACUUCAGAUCGUCAUCAUCUUAUAAUUAGAGCAUAGUUAAGCUGGAUACCUUCAUUUCUUCUAUUCCUUAGUCACACAGUUAUAAAAAAACCUCUAAAGCAUGUAACUUCAUCUAUUUCUUCAAUCUUCUCUGAAAAAAACCAAAAAAAAAAAAAACUUUUUUUCCACUUGCUAUAUAUGUCUCCUACCAGAUUCUGAUUAUCCUAGGUUGAUCAAUCUAUCGAUCUGGCCGUUAUACUGAAUAUCGUGUAGCCAAACAUUUAAAAAAGUCAAAAAAUCAUGUAAUUAUAACCUUUUUUCCCUAGAAAGAAAUUACCUAGUUCAUUUUUUCUUAAAAAAAAAAAAAAAAAAAAGAAGAGAGAAUUCAGUAAUUUGAUCUUGGAUGGCAGAAUUAGAAAGUGGAAUAUCGGCACCAGCAACGCCUGGGACACCAACUCCACUAUUCCCGUCGUUGCGAGUGGACUCAAUGGGUUCUUAUGAUCGGAAGUCAAUGCCCCGAUGUAAGUGCUUCCCUUUGGAUGCUCCAACAUGGGGAACUCCUCAUACCUGUCUCGCCGACUUUCCCGCACCAGAUGUCUCUCUCACCCGCAAGUUGGGAGCAGAAUUCGUGGGGACAUUCAUCCUUAUAUUUGCUGCGACAGCCGGGCCAAUUGUGAAUCAAAAGUACAACGGAGUUGAAUCUCUAAUUGGGAAUGCAGCUUGCGCAGGACUGGCCGUUAUGAUAGUGAUUCUAUCGACAGGCCAUAUUUCUGGAGCUCAUCUUAAUCCGUCGCUCACUAUCGCAUUUGCAGCACUUCGUCACUUUCCAUGGGUUCAAGUGCCGGCCUAUGUUGCAGCACAAGUUUCAGCAUCCAUUUGUGCUUCUUUUGCACUCAAAGGUGUCUUUCAUCCGUUCAUGUCUGGUGGCGUUACUGUUCCUUCGGUAAACACUGGCCAGGCUUUUGCUCUUGAAUUCCUCAUCACAUUCAAUCUCCUCUUCGUUGUCACUGCUGUUGCAACAGACACCCGAGCGGUGGGAGAGUUGGCGGGCAUAGCAGUUGGAGCUACAGUCAUGCUCAAUAUUCUAGUGGCUGGGCCGUCAAGUGGUGCUUCCAUGAAUCCAGUACGAACUUUGGGACCAGCCGUUGCAGCAGGAAAUUACAAGUCAUUGUGGAUAUACCUAGUAGCUCCAACUCUGGGGGCUCUUGCAGGGGCAGCUGUUUAUACGCUCGUCAAACUUCGUGGAGACGACACUACCGAGACACCACGCCAGGUUAGGAGCUUCCGCCGCUAGCCUGCUGAAGGAAGGGUGUUGUUCCAACUUAUAAUACUAUUGUGUGCUUGAAAAUAAAGGUGGAGGACUCCGGAAAGUGUGACUUCCAGUCUCACCAUCGAAAACAAUUUACAUUUGCAUUUUGACACUCCUCUUCUCAUUCACUUUGCGUGGAUGACUUAAAGGAAGUGUCAGAAUUUGGUUGUGGUCUGUGAUCUUUUUCCUUUUAUGAUUUUCUGUGUGUGAACUAUGCUACCUUAAAAUUAUAUGUGACGGUAAUAAGAACUUUCUGUACUGCUACUUGUUUAUUUAGUCACAAAAUGUUCAAGCA